UCUGCCAUGAGGAGAAAUGGGUCACGAAGUCUUGGGCAUCUGACGCCACACAGCAGUGGAUCAUAAUCGGUCAAGCGUGACAGAACGUGACAAGGCAAGCGGUCGUUCAAUCAGUGUUAGACAGCAGGUGUUGAAUUGGUUGAUUUGAUUUGGGGAUUACCGCACGUGAGAUGCAUCUGGAGUGGAACAGCGCCUGAGGCCACAUCCAUUAUGUUGUCCUGCCAAUCAGCAAAGUGGACGAUGCUGAGAUCAGAGCCUGACUCUCAGUGCCCCAGUUUAUCGACUAACGAGUCGGAGACAGAGUCCGAGUACCAGGCAGUGGCGCUGCCCAUUUCUACGGUGAUGCCCCUUGUGGUGCCCGUCACGGGGGAGUCGUUUUGCCAAUGCCCCAACCAGACGGAGGUCAGCUGUGACCCCUCCGCUGGGGUCACCAUCCUGGCUGACUGUGCGUGUGGAGAGGAGGAUCAGACUUGUGACUGGGUGUGGGAUGACGCUUGUAAGUCGACCUCCACGUACCUGAGCUGUUCCGACCGGAAAGUGAGUUUCCACUCGGAGUACAGCUGUGGAACGGCCGCCAUCCGCGGAACCAAGGAACUCGCAGACGGACAGCACUUCUGGGAGAUCAAGAUGACGUCCCCGGUCUAUGGAACAGAUAUGAUGGUUGGUGUCGGGACAUCGGAGGUGAAUCUUGACCAGUUCAGACACAGCUUCUGCAGUCUGCUGGGCACCGAUGGUGACAGUUGGGGUCUGUCAUAUACAGGUCUCCUGCACCAUAAGGGGUCGAAGGUGAGCUUCUCACCACGGUUCGGCCAGGGUUCUAUCAUUGGGGUUCACCUGGACAACUGGCAUGGAACACUGACCUUUUAUAAGAACCGUAGAUGCAUUGGUGUGGCAGCGCGCCAGCUGCAGAACAAGCGGCUGUACCCGAUGGUCUGCUCCACGGCGGCCAAGAGCAGCAUGAAGAUGAUCCGCUCCAGCUCGGUGCCCACCUCGCUGCAGUACCUGUGCUGCGCCCGCCUGCGCCAGGUCAUGCCGCCCUCGGCCGACACCCUGAGCGUGCUGCCCCUGCCGCCGGGCCUGCGCAAGCUGCUGCACACUCAGCUGGGCUGGGUGCUCAGCCUGGACAGCGCCUGCGCGGACGACGACAGCGACGACGACACCAACCCGCUGGACGACAGCGACUACUGCUCCAGCUCGGACUCGUACGACGACGCCGGCCCCGUCUCCAAGGCGGACCUGCGCCGCCCGCUGGCCGCCGCCGACCCCGGGGCCGAGACGCAGAUCUCCAUGCUGUGCCCGUCCUGCCUGCCCUCCUACCCCGCCAUGCCCGACUACGCCGCCGCCCGAGCCGAGGCUGCCGCCGCGUCCGACAGCGACUCCGACAGCUGUGCCUCCGACCCCGAGACCUGCCAGAGAAAGCGCUGCAGGUGGACGUGAGGCCCGGUCACUUCCCCAGCACCCAGUCACACACACACACACACACACACUUUACGUAUACCUCUUAUCCUCCCUCGCAAACUCUCCUCUCAAAUGUAUGCCACAUCUCCCUCAGCCUUCUCUCCGCUCCCUGCCAUCCGUACACCAUUUGGAAGCAUAUAAGUAGCUUCUGCUUGAACAGACUGACUUUGAUUGAUUGUAGCCAUUUUCUAAAUGACACUUAAAACUUUCUCUGUGGUGUUUUGAUUAUUUUACACGUCUGCGAGAAGGAAGAUUGUGAAUGUGUGGGUAUGUGUGUGUGUUUUUAAUUAUGUGAAGGCUGAACAGGUUUCUGCAUAUUUUAUAGGGGAGUAUCAAGACAUUUUUGUUAUUGUUGAAGGUAAUAUUCACACAUGCAAGAAACUAAAGACUGAUCUCAUCAAUCAAUUAGUGGACUAAUUGGAUAGGUAGCUCAGCAGGCCUAUUCAGGUAUCACGCAGGUGUCAAUUCUUCCUUCAUUUCUGCCCUUUUUAGGAGCCAGUGUUAUCAUCAAUGUGGCAAAAUCCUGAUAGGCACAGAGUACAAUGCUGAAGUUAAUCUUAUAACACUAUGUAAUGGCCAAUACCUUAAAUGAGUAGAACAUAUAACUUAUUUGCACCUUAUAAGGCUUUAGCCAACCAGUGUCCUAUAUUUAUGGUAUGCAUCCAGCGCAAAAACUUGUUAUACCCUCCAUUAAUGUCUGCCCCUUCAACAGGCCGAGUUAAAUGGUCAAGUUAUACAUGAAAAGAGCCUCGUGCAGGGAGGAUUUUCUGACCAUUUCAUCCUUAACAGGAAAAUGUCAGAAGAUGUUAGAGGCAACAAAUGUAUUGAAGUCUUAAAUCAGUCUAUCUCUCCCCGGCACUUCUAAUCUUAGUGUCUUUUAAACCGCUGUUUAUCUUCUGAGGCCAAAUAGUUUUUUUAACCAUUGUUGGUAGGUUAGUUUUCACUCAAGUUUGUAAAGGCUUUCUGCAAAUAUCUCUUUGUCUGGACAGGCUGGUAAGUGUUUGUGUUUGAGUGGUUUAAUCUUGUUUAGGCAAACAUUUACAGAACUUUUGUACUUUGUCCUUUGCAUGUUUUUCUAAAUGAAAAUGAAGAAAAUAAACAGGUUUGAAAAGA